AUGGACCCCGGAGGAGGGCAGAGCACGGAGGAGCCCGGCGGCGGUGACCCCGUCCGGGGGACCCCUCAGGUGCCGUGCAGCAGCUGGUGUUGUGAAUCAGGCCGUCACCAGUCGGAGAACGGCUACUUCACAACACCAGGGUCGCACCGCACCACGGUUCGACCGCCGGCCAGAGAGGAGCAGAGGUUCCCGCGGGCAGGUCUGGUUGUUCCACACGGGACCCCAGUACCUUGGGCCACCCCCAAGCCCGCGGCUGCGGCCGUGGCAGGGCCUGGUGGCCUCUCACCCCGCGGCCACUGCGACACGGGGCUUCAGGCGACAGGGGAGCAGCACGAAGGCUCCCCAGCCGAAGCCAAGAAUCCAUCGCCAGGCCAGCUCCGCCGCCCUGAGGGGCAGCGUUUGCCACCCCCGUGCUCGGCCACGCCUCAGGAAAGGGGUUUCCGCCAUGAAGGCGGCACCGUUGACCCGGCAAGGGGACGAGCAGGGAGAGGCGGCGGCGCCUCCCUCCUCCAGCCCGUGAGUGUCGGCCGCGCACGGGCCCGCCUCGGAGCCGCCCUCACGCCACCGCCCUCGGCGCCUCCCGCCCUGCUCCUCCACUGGCCGCGCCGCCAUUACCCCCCGCGGCGGGCGCCCGCCUCUCUCUGCGAGCGGCUCGUUGCGGGCAGGCGGCGCUGGCGGGGCUUAGACGAAGCGUCGAGGGACGGCUCGGUGAACGACAGACGGGGCGACGGGAGAGGGAGGGUUGCGCGGGAGGGAGGCGGCGGCCUGCGUCGCAUGGGCGGCCGCGGCGCGGUCCCUGAGGCGGGGGAGACUCCUGUGAUGCCGCAGUUAAGGUCAGGGAAAGUGGUAACUGCCAGCGAGGUGAAGUCAGCUGACGGGAUGGUCACCAGCCCAAGCUCCCUGGGUGCAGGGGUGGGUCGUGAGCCAGGGAAAAAGUUGUUAGUCAAGCAGAGUCCUCACCUGGCACCAAAGAGAAAACCUGAGCAGCCCUUAUCCUCCUGUCUGCAACCUGCCAUGCUCCCCAGCAGUUCCUGUGAGCAGUUUGCUCCUCUUGUGCCCAUGCAGAAGGUACAAGCAAAGGAAAAAUGGAAAGCAAUUGAGCGGGACGCUGGUACACAGGCUGUGAAGAAGCUUAAGACAAAUCGAAACAGAUCAGAAGCUUCCAAGGAGAAGGAACCUCACUACUCUAAAUCUCUCAUGGUUGCUACUUCAGGAAAAAAUAGUCAUGAAGCACAAACUAUAUCAGUCUGGAGAAAGAAUAGUACCAAAUUACUUGCAUUUGAAGAUGGCUUUAAGAAGACAUCUGAGCUCUCUGUAACAGCAAAAGGAGAAAAUUCAGACAGUGUGGCACAUCAUUCUGCUGCCUCAGAUAGCCUGAGAGUGCUAGCUGAGGUCCAUGAUGUUUCUAAUUGUCACAGAAGCAAGACAGAUGAAAAACUGAAGAAAGUUCAUAAAAAAAUUCAGCAGUUUACCUGUCAAAGAGCAGUACCCAUGACUGGUAAAAAUGUUUGGCCUUUCAACUCUUGUGCCAGGACUUCUGAAAGGGUUCGUAAAAAUCAUGGGUCCAUCUCAGAAGAAAAAAGACUUUUAAGGGCUGCCUUCAAGGAAUCCUCUGAUAAAAGCAGUGUUAAAGCUGCAGCAGACAGUGCCGUGACUAGGAAUUUGAGACAGUUGGAUUUGCAUACAUCAUCGGUAGAAGUUAACAAAGAAUCUACACAUAAAAUAAUAGAUCCAAAUACUGAAUGUCUGACUUCACUUGAAACACCAGAAUCCUCUUCCGUGGAUAUUUAUGAGACACCAAGAAAGAGCAAUGAAAAUGCAGAAUUACCACUUAAUAUGGAUAGAAGUGCCAUGGCGCUUAACCAUGAUGAUGUGCAAGAAGUUAAAGCAACCUUGAAUUUUACAACAAAACAAAAAGAUAAAGGAGCUGUAAUGAAGAGAAACCUGUCUGUGACAGUCCAAAAUGGCACAUCUACAAGUAACAGAAACAGAAUAAACUUCAGCCGUGAAGCAUCAGUAGUGAACCAGACAUCUUCUGAUUUAAAGCUAAUGAAACUAUUAAACACUGGAAACCUGACAAAAUUCAAAAUUCCUUUAUGCAGAAACAAACCUGAAUCCAGGAAAUUGGAAUCUGUCCGUUCAUUUGAAAGAAAAUCCUGUAGUCCACUAGAGCUUCUUGACAGCACUAGUGUUUCAAGAAGGCAGAAAACAGGUGAAGAGACUUUUUUGGUAAAUUCCAAGCAGCAGCCUCUUCCUGUUGUGAGUGAUGCUAUGUCUACAGCUUCCAUGAGGAAAAAAGCAGAUGAGAUCAACAGUAAGGACUUUCAGCAUGGUAGCUCUGAAAACUUUUCAAAUGAGAUGUCUGCGCUCCCUGAACAUUUUUCUUUAUAUCCACAUCCUUUUCUUGAUGGACAACUAGAGUCAUCUGUGCCUGAUUUCCGUGGUACUGAAUGUGUACUAAAAUCUCAUUUUCCUGAUGAUUCUUGGAAUGCAGUUGACCACCCUGUUGCAUUAGAAAUAAAUGAUGAUAGCAAAUCAAGAGGGAAUCUUUCACAGCACAAAAGUCAAAAUUUUCCAGAUAUUCUUGAAGCUUACAAAGAAGAUGUUCUUGUCAUUGAUGUGAUUCAGGAUGACCCUGACCUUUUUGGAACCAAUAACAAAGAGGAGCUCGCACCUGCAGACUGUGAAAGUUGUCCUGUGAAGGCAUCCGGUACUAGCACCUGCAUUAAAGAUGAAAAGCAGGAUCUUAAGCCUGAGUAUCCUGUUACCACAGAAAAUGGAGAUUCAGUAGAGGAUAAUUUCAGAUGUAUUACCAUACAAGAAUCUGGAAUGUCAAAUGAUACUGAAAGUUGCUGUGACUGGGUGCUGAAAGCUAAAGAUAUUAAAACCCGGAACUCCUCCAGAGGAAGCAGUCCUUUGGGAGGUGUUACUGAAGACUUUCUUGAAGAUGGGCAACUGAGAGAACUAGAUGAACUUUUAAAGAGUUUUGACAUGGAUGAAAAGGCUUCUUAUUCAGUCCAGCGGAUCCUCGAGAUGAUUGAGUUGCCCCGUAAAUAUUGCAGAUUUUAUUUCACAACUUUGCGUGGGUGUGAAAGAGCAAAAUGUUGGUUUUGGCAUGUUCCUGAACAAGGGGAUGAAAAGAUUUGCAUGGCAAUACUUAGGGCAUACAUUAGUAUCAAUGAAUCAGGCCUUCUAAAACGUGCAGUCCAGAUAUUUGUGAAAUAUUACAGAGAAGUUACUCCUGGUGUGGAUUUUGUUUCUCAAGUACUGAAUGAUCUUCUCAUUUCUUUGCUCAAGAACUGUUUAUUGCAGGAAGUAUUUCAGAUAUUGAAUGUUACUGCACAAAUCAAUACACUGCCAGCUGUAGAUGUUCUUCUGAAAGUUUUUGAGCAUGUGGCUGCUUUGAAUAUAAGAGAUGCUGUGCCUACAUUAAUCAAUACUUUUUGUAAGCUUAUUGAUGCAGGUAUGUUCCUUGAGUUUGAACAUUUUGACUAUAUUAUUAAGUUCCUUCACCAAUUGCAAGUUUCCAGUCAGGAAAUAAAUACUGUUUUGAACAUAAAAUCCAGAUUUCAGGAAAGACAUUUUGAAAAGAACUGGCUUUUUGACUUUAACUUGGCAGUGGCUGAAAUUCAGCAUUGCAAGGAAAAAAGUGAUUGGACCAAACUAGGAUCUUUGUAUGUUUAUGCGAGAACUGGAUGUGAACAUUUUGAUGAUCUUCAGAAACUGUCUUUAUGUAUUGUUGAAGUACUAACUAGAGAUUCAGAGACAGACAGACCAGGAGUUCCUUUUUGUGAUUUUGCUGAUGCAGUAAUAAAAAAUUCACAACAUAAUGAAGCAGACAGAAUUUUCAUUGGAAGGAGUGGGAUAAGCGUAAUGUAUUCUUAUCACAAAGCACUACAGUGGAUAAAGGGAAGGAAGGUUUUGGAUAAAUUGCAUGAGUUACAGAUACAUUUUACAGUCUUGAAAGGACUUAUAGGUACAGAGAGGUUAGCAUCAAGAUGUCAAAUUGUUAAUAAAGCUGCAGAAAUUUUUCUUAAAACUGGAAGUUUGAAUGGAGCGACAUGGGUAUUAAGAGAGUCAGAGUGGACCACAAAUGCACCAUCGUGGCCCUGUGAUAAAAUGGACAUCCUCAGUCGACAUAAUCUGUUAUCCACACUAGUGCACAACUACUUGAGGAAGAGUUUAUACAAGCAGGCAUUUGAAGUUCUGCAGAACUUGCCAGGUUUUCAAAAUCAUUCUGAUACUGUAGAUGUUUCUCACUACAGCUGCCUUUUUAACAAGCUGAUAAAUGCCUGUUUUGAGAGCAAGAACCUUGGGGUCUCAUCUUGUGCAGUAGACUUCAUGCUUUCAAAAAACAUAGCUAUUGAUUUUUUUUUACUCAGAGGAUUAAUCACAGCUUUGGGAAGAAGUUCUUUGUGGUCUAAAGCUAGGACCUAUUACAAAAGUGCUUUAUCAUUGGGUUGCUACCCACCACUGCAAGGAAAUUUAUAUCACAAACUUUUGACAAUUCCAUCUUACUUGUCUGAGGUAGAGAUGCUGUUGGCCAUUGAAAUGUUCCUUGUUUCAAAUGCCAGUGAUAUUCAAAGUCCAAUGGCUACUAGUCAGACUCUUCAAAUAAUACUGAAAAGAUGUGAAGAUCAGACAGUUCAGAAUAACAGUGUCUAUCAAGCAGCAGUGGAGAGACUGAUCCUGGCUGCUCGUUUAUCUGAUCCAAAGCUUUUUCUUAAGCAUAUGACAAUGAAUGUCAAUAUGGAAGAAGUUUACAGCCUGGAGCUUACAUCUGCUCUAAAAUGGCUUCAGGAGAAUAUGAAAUGGGCUGGGAAGGUCUGGCUGUUUCAGCAGUCAAUUGUAAAGACUUUUGGUUUUUAA